AUGCCCCAUCCGACUGGUGCCCCCAACCGCUAUUUCAGUCAAAAACCUAGUCCUGCUAUAGAUACGACAGCUACAAACUCAUUUGCUCUUCUAGUAGAACUGCAAGACUCUUCUUCCUCAUCAAGAUCUUCAAGUUCGAACAAUUUACCGCCGCCUGUUAAGCAUGCUAGUCUUACCACUUCGGGUCAUGGAUUCGACCGACCUCAGCAUCUAUUGAGUAGUCACUCCAACUCGAGCACCAGUAGAAAUACAGGAGUAUCAUCGUCCGUUGAGCACCAGAACGGGCCGAUGAGACAAAGUGCCGCUGCAGUAACCAGUACUCCGCGAGUACCCACUGCUGAACCAAGUAUACGGACGCAAAGCCAUGUUGGGAAAUCAACUGCUCUUACAAGCCAGUCUUCUAAUAGAGCCCGAUCUGGUCGCCCGGCAUAUCGCCAGAAUGCCGACCGUGCAUCAGACCGUAAUCGUGACAUGAGCAAAUUCACGAAGACUUCAGCCUACAACGAAAAAGAAGAGGCACGCAAGAAUCACUCUGAAAAGAAGAACUUGAUCGAUGCCAUGUUCACCGGGUCUCCGCCUUCAAAUGUUCCAGGACUCGUCUAUAGAGAUAUCACCUAUCAUCCUAUUGUGGUUGAAGGUGCUCGGAAGAAAAAACUGUACACCGUCGAAGAGGUAUUCGGCUACAAUCUUGCGGCUUUGAACAUAAUUCGAAGAACGUGUAGGGUGUUUAUCAACUUGCUCCCUCCAGGAAACGGACCACCAAAGCUUAGGUUCACCGCUCAGGAGGACGACAACAUCCAGAAAGCUCUCGACCAAUAUUAUAACAAGCUGCACCAGGCAAGAGUCAGCGUCAAUUCUCGACUUCCAAUGAUGAUAUGGAGCGGCUGGGAGCCUCUAUCAUUGGAAACUGUAAUACUGAAACCAAGACCGGAUCUUUGUGAGCGCGAGCGUAUCGCCGUGAUUAACCCGAACGCAGUUCCCACGGUGGCUCAUAUCGGUAUGAGGUGUCUGGAUCUGGAUCUGGAACCUUUGCGCAAAGCUAUCAAGUCAUGCCUAAAUGAUGCUCGCACAUAUCAUGGCGUCCUUCGUCUCCGCGCGCGUCUUGGUACCGUGAUCCUCGAGCAAACGCCAAAAGGGGUAAUUGAUAAAUUACCAAUGAAUGAUUUCAUGGACCUCUGCGACGACCUUGACCAUGAUGGUGUCACUUUCUCACCACGCCUGGUUCACGAGCUUGAUAGUAAAUUUCCUCGCAACCUAUUCCGCGCUAAUAAGUUUAUUGAACCCAAGGAUCACUUCACGUCUAGUCUUAGUGAAGUAGAGUGUAAACAUCGAGGCAUGUUCUACUUCGAUAUUGGGGGUGACGAAUACUCAUACUGUCUCGAGAUUGGCUUCCAAGGAGGUCUAAACCCCUUCCGAGACGUGUGUCAAUGGGUACGACUCAAAACGAAGAACCGUCCAAGAUCUGGAGCCCCAAAGUCAUUCUGUUUGAUGGACAUUACUCUCGCUUCCCCCAACGAGUACGGCAUGUGCUGGAAUUUCGAGCUUUGCGUCGCUCAGGACAUCAAGUCAAAAGAUGUUCCGCGGCAGCUACACGAAUUUGCGGAACAAGUCAAGAUGAGCCACAAUACCCAUCCAGCAAAUUCGGGCCUGAGAUAUGGGACUCAUCCAAACUUAUAUCACGUACAGUUGAUUCGCAAGUACGAGUACCGCCUUCGGGGCUCCAGCUACUGUGUAGAGGCGAGCAAUAUUACUGAUAUCCCACAGCCGACCUCUGCGACGUGUGAUAUAUCCACUACUAGGUUCAAGACCAUUGUGGUGGUUCAUGAUAUAUGGGACGGCCUGUUUCAUAAGAACAAGAAAGAAUUCAAGGCCACCGAGGGUGCAUCCUUUGAGAUCGACGAUUUCUUUCCAGAUGAAACAUUUGACGGUUCGGAUUGUUCUAAGAGCGGACUCGUUGGCUUUCUUGACAAGCUUGCUAAUAUCGAAAGUGUGGUUUCUGAACGUUACUGGACUGAAUAA